UUUAUAAUCUCGUAUCCCUAAAGUGAAACUAAUGAUGAAAGCAUGUGAAAGAAACCGAAAAUGGUAAAAGAACAGUUUCGGGAGGCAGAUGUUGCCAAAAAAAUAAGCCAUGUCACUUUUGGCUUGCUCAACUCCCAUCAAAUGCAACAACUCUCUCAUCUGCACGUGGUCAGCAAAAACCUAUAUAGUCAGGAUGGAGGACGCAAACCUGUUCCAUUUGGGGCCCUGGACCACAAAAUGGGAACCAGUGACAAAGACAGUAGCUGUGAGACCUGUGGUAAAGGACUAGCAGACUGCACCGGUCACUAUGGCUACAUCGAUUUAGAACUUCCAUGUUUUCACAUUGGAUAUUUCCGAGCUACUAUUCAGCUUCUCCAAAUGAUUUGCAAGACAUGCAGUGAAGCUUUGUUGAGUCCCGACCAGAAGAAGACUUUCCUGGAGAGUGUUAAGAAACCUUUAACUUACCUACAAAGAAAAGUUCUGAAGAGGAAAAUUUAUGAAAAAUGUCGGAAGAUGGCAGUGUGUGCUUCAUGUGGAGCAUUUAAUGGAAUGGUAAAAAAGUGUGGAUUGUUGAAAAUUAUUCAUGACAAAUAUAAACAGAGGAAGGGAGUCGACCCAGUCAUCGAGGAAUUCAAGGGGUCAUUCGAGUUGGCAAUGGAGCACAACAAAGACAUAGACGCACUGCUGGGCAAAACACAGGAGGUACUUAAUCCAAUUAGAGUGCAGAAGAUCUUUCAGCAGAUCCCAGAGGAGGAGAUCCCUCUGCUGUUGAUGAAUCCGGAGGUGGGCAGUCCCACUGAUCUUAUUCUGACCCGAAUUCUGGUUCCACCCAUUUGUAUCCGUCCAUCUGUUGUCUCGGAUCUCAAAUCCGGAACAAACGAGGACGAUAUCACAAUGAAGAUGACGGAGAUCAUGUUUUUGAAUGAUGUCAUCCAGAAACACAAAGCCACUGGAGCCAAAAUGUCGAUGAUCAUGGAAGACUGGGACUACCUUCAGUUACAGGUGGCGCUACUAUACAACAGCGAGACUUCAGGAAUUCCCCUACACAUGCAGCCAAAGAAAGUAACAAGGGGUUUUGUGCAGAGGUUGAAAGGUAAACAGGGUCGUUUCCGAGGUAACCUUUCAGGAAAGAGAGUGGAUUUCUCGGGAAGAACUGUAAUAUCACCCGACCCCAACAUGAGGAUCGAUCAGGUUGCUGUUCCUGUUCAUGUGGCAAAAGUUCUGACCUACCCUGAACGAGUGAACAAAGCAAACAUCAGACUGAUGAGGAAGCUGGUCAAGAAUGGGUGUGACACUCACCCGGGGGCAAACUUCAUCCAGCAGAGGGACAACAACAUGAAAAGAUAUUUGAGAUAUGGAAACAGGGAGAAAAUUGCUAAGGAGCUGAAGUUUGGUGACGUAGUCGAGCGUCACAUGAUCGACAAUGACAUCAUCUUGUUUAAUCGACAACCAUCGCUCCACAAACUCAGUAUACAAGCAUUCUAUGCUAAAGUCAUGCCUCACCGAACUUUCCGGUUCAAUGAAUGUUGCUGCAACCCUUUCAAUGCUGACUUCGAUGGAGAUGAAAUGAAUCUACAUUUACCACAGACAGAGGAAGCUAAGGCUGAGGCCAUCACACUCAUGGGGUCUAAGUCAAACAUCAUCACACCGAGGAAUGGAGAGCCCUUAAUAGCUGCAAUUCAAGACUUCAUUACAGGUGGAUACUUGAUAACACAGAAGGACGUGUUCCUGGACAGAGCAAGAGCAUGCCAGCUUAUAGCGGCCAUGUUGUCGGGGAGAGAGACCAACCUGAAGAUUGAUUUACCGCCACCGGCUAUUAUCAAGCCAGUAAAACUGUGGACAGGAAAGCAGAUCUUUAGUGUUCUUCUAAGACCGAACAAAAAUAGUCCUGUCCAAGCAAACCUGAGGACCAAGGGAAAGAACUACUCAAAAGGGGAGGACUUAUGUAUCAACGACUCGUUUGUGGUGAUUCGUAACAGUGAGUUGUUGUGUGGAGCCAUGGACAAGGGAACUCUGGGAGGGGGAUCUAAAAAUAACAUCUUCUACGUGAUACUGCGGGACUUCGGCGAGCAGGAGGCAGCAGAUGCCCUGUCUAGGCUGGCUAGACUCUGUCCUGCCUAUCUUAGUCACCGAGGCUUUUCCAUUGGAAUAGGGGACGUAACUCCUGGUGCUGGUCUAAUUAAGGCUAAAAAUAAUCUUCUGGAGGAUGGAUACAGCAAAUGUGAUGGUUACAUUAGAGACCUGGACGAGGGCAAACUUCAGACCCAGCCGGGCUGUAGUGAGGAGGAAACCUUAGAGGCUAUGAUUCUAAAGGAGCUCUCUGUUAUCAGAGACCAUGCAGGAAAAGCCUGUCUUAGAGAAUUACACAAGAGUAACAGUCCGUUAAACAUGGCCAUCUGUGGAUCCAAAGGUUCCUUUAUCAACAUCUCCCAGAUGAUUUCCUGUGUGGGGCAGCAGGCUAUCAGCGGCAAGAGAACACCUAACGGGUUUGAGGACCGGGCUCUGCCUCACUUUGAGAAAUUCUCAAAGGACCCAGCUGCUCGUGGAUUUGUGGAGAACAGUUUCUAUAGUGGACUGACCCCUACGGAGUUUUUCUUCCACACAAUGGCUGGUAGAGAGGGCUUGGUGGACACUGCUGUCAAAACAGCAGAAACCGGAUACAUGCAGCGACGUCUGGUCAAGUCUUUGGAAGACCUUUGCUCUCACUAUGACCAGACUGUCAGGAGCUCCACAAAUGACAUAGUGCAGUUUGUUUAUGGUGGAGACAGUCUAGACCCCGCCUCCAUGGAGGGAAAGGACCAACCAAUCGACUUCAAGAAAAUUUAUGACCAUGUCAAGGCAAACACCAGAAGCAGUUGUCGAGGCGAACCCUCCUUAUCUGGUGAGGAUCUCAAAGAACUGGUGAAUUCCAUGUUACAAGAGGACUUGUUCAAGAGCUGCAGUGAGGAUUUCAAAGAGGAUUUAAUAAAGUUUAUUGAAAUGAUCAGUUCCGAGAUUGACUCAACAAGAGAAAGGUUCAGAAUAGUGAAUGCCCAACCAGACAAAUUAUCUCCAGUUCUGUUUGAGCUGAACCGAGUCACACCGUCCCAAGUGAAGAAAUUUCUCAAUGUUUGCAGGGAUAAGUUCAUGAAAGCACUGAUAGAACCAGGGACAGCAGUAGGUGCAGUCUGUGCACAGAGUAUCGGAGAACCAGGGACUCAGAUGACACUUAAAACUUUCCAUUUUGCUGGUGUGGCUUCCAUGAACAUUACACAGGGAGUGCCACGAAUUAAGGAGAUCAUAAACGCCUCGAAGAACAUCAGCACCCCCAUAAUAACGGCAAACCUGAUGGUCGCCGAUGACCCCGAAUUCGCUAGAGUGGUCAAAGGAAGGAUAGAGAAGACCACACUAGGGGAGGUGUCGGAAUACAUAGAGGAGGUUUUCCUGCCAGACGACUGCUUCAUUCUUGUGAAACUAGAUUUGGAUAGAAUUAAACUGCUCAAGCUGGAGGUGAAUGUUGAGAGCAUGAAAAUAUCCAUAUGUGCCAGCAAACUGAGAGUCAAACCCCAGGAUGUACAAAUCCACAGCCCUGCUGUCCUGAGUGUGAGGCCCAGAGAGACCGCCAAAAGUUCACUGUAUUACGUCCUACAAGUGCUGAAGAAAGAGCUGCCCUCCGUCAUGAUCAAGGGAAUUCAGAAUGUGACACGCGCAGUCAUCCAUGUCGAUGAGAAGAAGGGCGACACCUACAAGCUCUUGGUGGAGGGAGACAACCUACUCGCUGUCAUGUCAACUCCAGGAAUCAAGGGGACACAUGCCUUCUCUAACAACACAUUUGCCAUGGAGAGAACAUUAGGAAUUGAAGCAGCACGUACAACAAUUAUGAAUGAAGUUAAUUACACGAUGUCUAGUCACGGCAUGAGUAUCGACAUACGUCACGUGAUGUUGCUGGCAGACCUGAUGACGUUCAAGGGUGAAGUUCUGGGAAUCACACGCUUUGGGCUGGCUAAAAUGAAGGAAAGUGUUCUCAUGCUGGCAUCUUUUGAGAAAACAGCUGAUCACUUGUUUGAAGCUGCAUAUCAUGGACAGAGGGACGCUAUAAACGGAGUCAGCGAGUGCAUUAUCAUGGGAAUUCCUAUGCAGAUUGGAACAGGGCUUUUCAAACUUCUCCACAAAGCUGAGAAGAUUGACAGAACACCAGCACACAGGGAGCUGGUAUUUGACGUACCAGAGUUCCACCUCCCAGGAAUGGACGUGUCCUAGCAGCUACAGACAUAGUACCACUGUGUUUAUUUGUUAUUGUUAAUAAAAGCUUACAGAAAAUUAA